AUGGCCAGAAGCAGAUCUGAUGGCAGCAUUGAAGCUCGUCCAUCGUCCGAAGCUCAUUUCGGAUACGGGCACGUCCAGGCUAGCUCCGACGAACCGAAACUGGGGGCACAUCUGGGACACGAUUCGGAAACCCUUGCCGCCUCCGGCAAGCAAACAAACAUUCAAGCGACUGGGCGCGCCGGCUGUCGAGGCGAUCGCCAAGCCUUGUCCCGCACUCGACCUCCAAUUCGCAGGUCGGGCGGGGUGAUUUUACCAGGCGCUUGUCCCGAUUGCGAAAUUAGUACCACGCAGGAACGUCGGCCUCCGAGAACCAACUCACCUGGGCCCUGGGAACCCGGUUCAACUGUGGUUUGCAUGACCCAAGCUGGCGCCUGGUUGGUGGGUUUUGUUUAUAAACUGUCCAGCAAAGUUUCGGAACAUUAG